GCCACUUUUGGCAGCGAAAGCUAGGGAGGUGGGAACUCGAAUGGAAGACAGCGGCGCAGCCAAAACGAGUCAGUUGAGUUUGAAAUAAAUAAAUAAAAAUAGACAGAAUAGAACUUUGAAAACAAACUUUAUAUCAUCCCGGAGUCAUAGUUCUCGUCUAGUCACCGAAAGGAUUACUGCAGCCGUCGCUGGAAAUAGUUCCCGGUUUGUUUAUACUGUGGGAGGAAGCCGAGAGUGAAGGAGGCCCUGUCGGGUGCGAUUGUGGAGAAGCGGCAGCCUCGGAGUGUGAGUGAGAGAAUAUGAUACACACAUCAUAAUGACAUCAAGAUUUGGUAAAACCUACAGCCGGAAGGGUGGGAACGGCAGCUCGAAGUUUGAUGAGGUCGUCUCCAACAAAAGAGCCACUCUCAGUACCAAGUGGGGGGAGACAACCUUUAAGGCACAGGUGGGAUCAAAGAGACCCAGCUUCAAGCCGGAGGUGACUGAGGUCCCCAAAAGGGUGAAAUACACAGAGCCAGAGACGUCCGAAGAUCCAUUCGGCUUUGACAGUGAUGAAGAUUCCAAGCCUGUCACCUCCCGCAGUGUUGCACAGGCCAAGGCACCAUCCGGUAAGCAGGCUGCAGAGUCUGUGACGUCUGAGAACUUUACCUCCGUCUUGGAGGCCGAUAGCAGGAUUAGCCAACCUAUCGGCACGGAUGCCGUUGCCACCGGUAAGAUAUCUGCCUUUGACGCCGCUGUGCAUGGGAUCAAGGAGAAGAGUACAAACCAGAUUCCAGAGGAAGGAAACAGUGUCUUCAGCAGCUACACCACUGCAGAGAAGACACAACAGAACUGGUCAAACGAUGGCACUGAAAACAACUACUCCUGGUACAAGAAUGCAACAGAGAGCGACAAAAAGCCUGGUGCUCAAACAACAACAACACUGAAGACAGAGACUAAGGACUCUUUUGAUAGCUGGCACUCAAGUGCAGGUUUUAUGUUGGACUCCCCCAACCCCGAGACCAGCAAAAGCAAAGAGUCCACAUGGACUGGUAGCACAAAGCAAGAGACAGAGGCAAACUACGAGAACAAAGUGGAGGAGCCUGCCUCCCACCUUGACAGUGACUUUUCUUUGACGUCACAAAACGAUCAGGCUGGCGGUGGAGACAUUGAAAUCCCCAUGGAGCCAGCUGAAGCAGAAGAAGUCUCCCAAUCCAUUCUCAGGCUUUCCAACUGCAGGACGUACCGCCGGCCCAACAAGGGCAAGCAGUCUUCCCCUUCAGACGACUCUGAUAAGCUAGCCGACAGCACAGACCAGUCAUCGGCCAAGACUAACAGUGUGGCUGUCAAACCAGCUAGCACAGGAAGAGGGAGGACUAGAGACUACACGGUGUUGCACCCGUCCUGUCUGUCUGUAUGCAAUGUCACCAUCCAGGACACCAUUGAGCGGAGCAUGGACGAGUUUACCACGGCCCCCCCGGCCGAUCUUGGGGAGGCUGGGCGACUGAGGAAGAAAACCGAGAUCGCCGCUGCAGCCAAACCAGCCAGAUUCCGGCCCACCCAAAACAAGUCAAAAAAAGCUGCAAAACUGGAGUUUUUUGGGUUUGAUGAAGAGCAUGGAGUCCAAGGAAUUGAGGGGGACCCCACGGCCUCAGGCAGUGCAAAUUACAAAAUCAAAUACUUUGGCUUUGAUGAUGUGAGUGAAAGUGAAAGCGAUGAAGAGGACGGGUCCCAGGCGUCUGAAAAGAGGAAGGCAAAGAAGAAAAAGGCAGCAGCAGCAGCAGCCAGCGCGGCCGCUGCAGCCUCCAUGACUUCGUCCAACUUACAGCUCUCCUGCAUGGGGGAGAGCGAUUCCCAAGAUAGCCAGACCAGCACCAAUACAGACAUUCAGGAAUUUCAAGAUGAUUCCUUCCCAACAGUAUCUGAAGUGACAAGGAAGGCAGCGAAUCAACAGUUGGACAAGACCAAGGAGAGCACCAGGAAGAUUUUCAGUGGUCCCAAACGAUCUCCCACUAAAGCUGUAUAUAAUGCCAGACACUGGAAUCAUCCAGAGCCUGAGGAGCUGCCACCUCCCCCGCUGUCGAGAUUUCAUACUGCUCCGGCCAGUAUAUCGACAAAGGAGACAACUACCCAUAAAGAUGAUGGGUUAUUUAAGGCACCCCCACCACCUCCCAGAGUGAUCAAGUCUGUGACAAUGCCCACCCAGCCCUACCAAUACAUUGUUACUGCACUGAAAUGUAGGAAAGAAGACAAAGAGUUAUACACUGUUGUCCAGCAUGUAAAGCACUUUAAUGAUGUGGUGGAGUUUGGAGAAAACCAGGAGUUUACGGAUGAUUUUGAGUACCUACAGACAGGUUUGAAGAGCAGUCAGCCCCUCAACACACGCUGCCUUAGCAUUAUCAGCCUGGCUUCAAAGUGUGCCAUGCCUAGUUUCCGAAUGCACCUAAGAGCCCAUGGGAUGGUAGCUCAGGUCUUCAAAACUUUAAACGAUGCCCCUCAGCACCCGAAUCUGGCAUUGUGUACUGCUUCGCUGAUGUACAUCCUGAGCAGGGACCGGCUGAACAUGGAUCUGGACCGAGCCAGCCUGGACCUGAUGAUUCGACUCCUGGAGCUGGAACAGGACUCCUCUGUAGCGAUUCAACUCAAUGAAAAGGAGAUAAAUAAAGUUAAAGAGAAGAUCCGUAAGCUCUGUGAAACAGUACACAACAAGCAUCUAGAUCUAGAGAACAUUACGUCAGGACAUUUAGCCAUGGAAACACUGUUAUCGUUGACCUCCAAAAGAGCAGGGGACUGGUUCAAAGAGGAGCUGCGGUUACUGGGUGGUCUGGAUCACAUUGUAGAUAAAGUAAAAGAAUGUGUAGAAAACCUGAACCGUGAGGAUGAUGAGGAGAAUUUGGUUGCUUCCCUUAGGGGAGCUGAGAGGUGUUUACGGGUUCUGGAGAGUGUGACUGUUCACAAUCCUGAGAAUCAGAGCUACCUGAUUGCCUACAAAGAUUCCCAACUCAUAGUCUCCUCAGCAAGAGGGCUGUGGCACUGUGAAGAGAUGAUCCAGCGGUAUAACCAUGUAGCCAGUAGCCUGGCAUCUGCAGAUGGCAAAUCCCUACCGCACCGUAGCUCCUCAGGGAAUGUGGGAAAAGCCGUGGAGGACUGCAUGAGAGCCAUCAUUGGAGUUUUGCUCAACCUUACCCAUGACAACGAAUGGGGAAGCACAAAGACGGGUGAGCAGGAUUCUUUCAUCAUCACAGCAUUGCACUGUGUACUGCGGGUCCCACAGUACCUUGCUCAGGAACAGAGAUUCGACAUCAGAGUGCUGGGACUUGGCUUGCUGAUCAACCUGGUAGAGUACAGUGCCAGGAACAGGCACUGCCUGGUGGAGAUGGAGAUGGACUGUGAGCCCUUCGAAACGAUCUGCGUUGCAGAGGGAGAGGAGCUCAAGACAGGGGGGUCUAUGAGUGCCAUUGCAGCCUUGGUACAGCUGUUCCUUCAGCGGGAACGUGCUGCCGUUCUUGCAGAGACCGAGACAGAUGAUUUCAUUAACGACGCACCCAAGCCUCAGCUGGACCAGAGCGGGGAGUGGCAGGAGACCAGCGGAGAGAUCCAGUGGGUCGCAUCUGAGAACCACACCAAUAGCAAUACAAACGAGAAGGAGAAGAAAGAGGAAGAGGAUGAGGAACUUGACCUGAAUAAAGCUCUUCAACAUGCUGGCAAGCACAUGGAGGACUGCAUUGUAGCUUCGUAUACUGCACUGUUACUGGGCUGUCUUUGCCAAGGGAGUCCUAUGAAUGUGACUACUGUGAGGGAAAUUUUACCUAAAGGAGAUUUCUCAAUAAUGACAGAAAUGCUUAAAAAAUUCUUAAAUUUCAUGAACCUUACAUGUGCUGUUGGAACGACAGGGCAGAAGUCCAUCUCUCGGGUGAUUGAUUAUUUGGAGCACUGUUAAAGAGCACUUGGCUUUAGCUGGAUUAUGCAGGAAUGAUCUACCUGACCCAGAGGAGUGUAAGGGGAAAGAAGCCAAUACAGACAAACACAAAGUAGCCCAUUUGUCAGUCAUAAGCAUCUCUUUGCAGCAAACUUAAGCUUUGUAUGUCAGGCUUGAACUCUAUUGUGUUUUAUUUUCAUUUUGUUUGAUUUUAAACUGGCGAGUAAAAUGGUCUGUGUUAAACAGAAACCUGUAUUUGAGGCUGCAGAUUUUCUGUUAUAGUUUUUUAUAAAAAUAAGUGAGCUGUUGUGGCAAGCUAUCUCAGCUUCAUGGCCAUUUAAAGUUCUCUGCUUUCGUGACUCCUGAUUACCUCUUUGCCUCAAAUCUUUUUUUUUCUGAAUUACUGAAACUCAUGUUUAUCAUUUCCAUGAACCUUGGAAAAGCUUAUCAAUGUUGCUCUACAAAAAAUAAAAAAUAUGCAGGUAAUUUUAGCUAAACUCCCAUCGCAGCUGAGGCUAAUUGUGGAUCAGGGCUAAAUUAGCAUGGUCUCAAAACCUUUCAGCAUGAAUUGUAAUUUGGCUAGAAAGCACCUAUUUAAGAGGGUAAUGCAGGGGUAAAAUACCAAAUAAUUUGACGGGGGGGGGGGGUUCACUGAAGUGCCUAAGCAUACUGUGUCUCGGCUAGUUUGGUAAGUUUGACAUCUAAAGAAAUUGUAGCCAAAGGCAGAAAGAGGAAAGCUUACAGCCCAACUGUACUAAAGCCAUUUGCUUACUUGGUAUUACAGUUCCUUUUUUUUAUCCCCAAAUAACUUAAAUUAAGCUGUUACAGUAUAUAGAAUGUUUUAAAAAUGACACUCUUUCUCAGCUUUCACUGGGUGGGAGCGGGUCAAAAACAGCUUUUGCUGUUCAGGAGCAGGUGUUCUGUAUACAGUUGUAAAAUGGCUUAUUUCAUUAACUUAUGGUUCAACAUGCAGCUAACAGCAAUGGUAGGUGUUGACGCACUGAGGAUUUUCAGUUGCUUUGGUGGAACAAUAAAACAGUUGAUCUAACAGACAGUCGCAUUUUUUGAAGUUUUUUCUUGGGGGGGGGGGGGGGGUAGGGUUUCAUUAUGUGGAAUAAGUUUGUGACAACAUGGCUAAAUAAUGAAAGGAACCUAUUAAUACAUUCGACAGGCAGAAGACAAGACAAACGUAAAGAUGCACAAUAUCUUAAGCAAGUCUGCGACUUCCAUCACUUAAGAGGUUGAGUAGUAAGUAUUUGUUCAUGAAAUGUGUAGUAGUCAGUUGGCAGUGUUUUUUACAGUUUUAGAUUUCGUUGAUAAAACCUAUAUACCCUGGUUUAAUGGAAAAUGUCUCAAUUUGAUGCUGUGAUUUCCAUCAAUGCAGACUGGUAUGUUUCACUACAGUAAAGCAGCUUUUCCAAGCCCAGUGGCCAACUGCCCUAUUUUCAGGCAGAAUGUACAGGGGUGUAGUAAAUUUAAGAACUUAGUUUUAAAUAAAAUAAGAAGAGACACAGCAGGACUGUAAAGCUUGUUUUAUGAACAGGCCUAUUUUAAUAAAGCUCUUGGAUUUCAAGGGAUUGCAUUGCUUAUGUCCCAAUUUCCUUUUUAAUUAAAACUUAAUAAUUGGUGCGGAUGGUUCAGAUACUGGAGAGCGUAUUCCAAAAUUGUUACAAUUAGAAUAAAGCUAAUGUCAAGAGUUACUGGUUACUGACUUGGUCAUGCUUUUAUAAACCCAAGUAAUAGAGAACUGUGUUUUGCAAAACUAUAAUUAAUCAUCACCCCCCCCCCCCCCCCCCCCCCCCCCCCCCCCCCCC